GGACCGGAAGUGGGGCCUCCGGGCCGGGGGACCCCUCAGCCCGACCAGCCUGCCCAGCCGCCCGCCAUGGCCGCCUCAGACCUGAAUCACCUGAAAAAUUCGUAUCGAACAAGAUUUUGUCACACUAGAAGGUCACCUAAGAUUAACGUGAAGCCAGGCCAGAAUAUAUUGGAAACUGUCCAAAAUUGUUUUGAGGAAAGUCACGAUCGGGAUCCGAGCUUAGAGUCUUCGAGCCCGGCAGUUUCCCCGGGUCCCACGGGUCUAGAAGAUAUUUGCUAUUUGUCCCCAAGUGAGGAGGUAUCCCCCGUUCAACCAGCUAAGAUCUGUUGGCUGGAGGAGAGCAGUAGCUCCGUCCUCGCUUCCCCUCAGACAGCUGAAGGAAUUGGCAAUCCAGUCCGGACUUCUGGAACUCCUCAGGGAUCUCCGGUCCCCGCGGUAGUCAGCGCGAAGACUACACCGGCUUUGAGCAGCCCCUCCAAAAGCACCGAAAAAGCUGCCAAAGGCCCCCAUGGCACCGAAGAUUUUUACUUGGCGGUCGGCCCCCUCAAUCUGAUGAUCGAGGAAGAGGAGGUUUUAUCGCUACCGUCGACAACGGCUUCGCCCGUUCGCACGCGAGGGAGGAGUCAUCCCCUGGAGGACUCAGCCAGCCGGCGGCCUUCCAGUCCCACAGUUGAGCUGAAAUCCAAAAAGAGGUUAAACUUCAACGAGAAAGCAGCCUUGUCCGUGGAGAAGGAAGCAGAAGUUGGAAUCAAAAGAUCAGAAAAAUCACAAAGAAAGAAAAGGGUUGAAGAAAGCAUCCAAGGCUCGGUGUCUCAGACUCCGAAGAAAGAACUGAAAACCAAAAGGAAUGUUUCAUCCAUUUUCCUUGAUGCCGUUAAAAUAGGGAAUGACAGACUCAGUUUCUACAGGCACUCUCCAGCAGCUGCGCCUCGAAGCCCCUCUCCCCCGCCAAACAAUCCGAAUCCGUUGCCGGACGACGAGUUCAUAAUUGACGAGUCGGACAGCUGUGCCUCGACUUCUUGGAUUUCGAUUCCUAGGAAGUCCACCAGAUCCGGGAACCGGGGUCCGGAGCCUCCCGCGGCCAGGACCCAGGCCCGCGAAAGAACGCAGCCCAAGGCCCAGCGGGUGGGGAGGCCUAAGACGCCAGCCGGAGCUGACGGCAGAGGAGGUCGUGGGGGAAACGGCGACGAUUCGGACACCGAUGGGGCCGAAGGGACUUCGAGAAAAAUCAUCCGGAGCCCUCUCUCGGAGGAGAAAUCCCAGAGGAGGAACAAGUCAGACGGCAGUCGGUCUCAGUCUGGGAGGGAGGGAAUCGGACGUCCGUCCGUACUGUCGAGGGCGGCUCAGUUAUCGGAAAAAAUGGAGCCCGGCUUGCAGCACCAGGGGGAGAAAUCCAAGGCGAGAGCAGAAGAUACGCACGCCGACGGAGAACGGCCUCCGAAGCAUCACACGGGGAGAGAAGCACGAGACGGCCCGCGGAAAGAUUCGGACUUCGACAAGGGAGCCGCUUCCUCGAGAUCGGACGGGCCCGAGGACCGGUCUCCGGAAAGAAGAAGUCCCCGGCUUCUUCACCGGCACAGCGGCAAGCCGAAAGGGAGAGGAGACGGUAGGCGGCCCGACGCGGGAGAGUCGCAGAAGAAAAGCGUCACCCCGUCGUCUCGAGGGCCCCGAGGGGGAUCGCGGGACGACGAUCCGGGCGGAGAUUUGGACCAAAACGAUGAGGGGGAGUCCGCGAGACAAAAACUGCCUCCUGGGGGUAAAAGAAAGAACAAGGAUCCCGUUGAAAAAAUUCAAGACAAUAAGAAAGGGUCCCCAAGAACGCCAUCCGUAGGCGUGCCGCAGAAGAAGAGGCCGAAAGUGCUGACGGAAAAGCGGCCGAAAGAAAAUCCCGAUCCGUCCCGGAGCCUGGAGAUCCGGACUAGUCGCCGAGUGUCCCGGCCCCCGUCGGAUUGGUGGAUGUUGAAAGAUGAACCAAACGGGACCGACCAAAACGAACGUCCGACUCCAAAACAGAGGGAUAGAGGUGAACCGCCUCAAGCCUUGGAGGUGGGGGAGACCAGCCUCGCGCCCCACGACUCUCCGCGCACAGACCGAGCCGGCGCUUCCGUUUCUCCGAGAAAAGCGGCGUCCAGUCAGCCACAUCCUCGAGAAAUCCUCGACGCCACAUCCUCGAGAAAUACCCGCCCUCCUUCGACAAAACCGAAGCCCGGGCCCAAAAUGCAUCAGCAUCCGCAGCGCCGGAAGCAAAACCCCGGAAAGCUGACCCGAAAUAAGAGAAAGCAAGCCGAAAAGUCCGUCGGGAAAAACAUAAAAACAGUCAAUUCUGAACGUAAAUCUGCCGACAAGAAGGAAAGUAAAGCGGCAGGUUUGGAGACUCUCACGGAUCCCACGGGGCCAAACUGUCUUCUUUCUGGAUCGCAGGAUUCCGCUCUGUCAGCUAGCUAUUCCAUCCGGCAGUACCGUUCCAGCUUAUCGUCCGCAUCCUCCGGGAUCACAUCCAGGAAGGAAUCCUCGGCUGCCAGAGAACAAAGGACGAACCGCGGUGGCCGGAAAAGGCCGAUUCCGCCUCCGGGAGAAAGAGCCCCCCUGGCCGAGCUCCAGAAGGUAGCCGGGCCGGCAAGACCGGAGCCCAAGAAGCUGUUGUAUUCCUCUUCUGGAAUUUCCGACUCCGGGAACAUCGUCGCCAAUGAUGAGCCUUCUGGGGUGGAGGAAUUUCAGGCCGGCGGAGAGUCCGAACCCGGCCCACGGUUGAAGGGCCGGCGAGAAUCGGCAGCAAAGAGGAAGGCCCGUCAUGCCGGCAGUACAGCCAAACUUUCUGAAGAAAGCCUCAAACCUCCGGAAUUGGCCGAUCCUCCGGAAGAAGCGGAAGACCCCCAGAGCACUCUGCGUUCGCCUCUGACGCCGGAUACCACGGGCCCCGUGACCUCAACAGUAGAAGGAAGUGGGCCUGUGAGAUCACGAAAUACGAGAACUUUUCCUCCAAAUGAUGAAGCCCGUGUUUAUGAGCGGGAAGAUGAUUUGAGUUCAGAUGAUGCGGAAUACCCGUUGGAUGGGCGAUCCCAGCCGGCUUCAAACCGGAAAGCAAAGCAGAAAUUCGUAUUGCCCACCAACACGCCAAACGUUCGUCGGACCAAGAGAAUCCGAGUAAAGCCUCUGGAGUACUGGAGAGGAGAGCGGGUCAACUACAAGGUCCGCCCAUCAGGAGGAUUCGAAAUUCAUGGGAUCAUAUCUCCGGAUGCAGUAUCACCGUACAAAGGAGCCAGCGGAAAAAUGGAAAACCUCAACAAAUUAGCCAAAAGAAAAGGAAGACCCCUUGAAAAGGAAAAAAAAAAAAAUGCCGUUGCCAAUUUGGAUUUGUCCCUAGGAGAUCCUUCUAAGCCAACAAGCGUGUGGUGUCACGAUACUAAUCAAGAAGUUCUUUUGAGUUGCGUGAGGCCCAAAGGCACAUAUACGUAUUGUCUUGGUGACGACUCUCUGAUGGUAUAUAAAAGUUUGAAUACAGCCUCAUUUUCUGCUGGCAAAUUGGUCUUGGGACCAUUUAAAGUAAAAGGAAACCAACAUGUCUGUUUCGACACACUGGUGUUCUACAUUAUCCAAGGUGAACUCAUAUGUACCUUAUGUAAGACACCUUACUAUUUAACAGCCGGCGACACUUUCUAUGUUCCUCCAGGUAACCUGUACAACAUACAGAAUCUCCUGAAUCAGAAAAGCAUUCUCCUCUUCACUCAGAUAAAAAGCGAAAGACUGGAAGGUGUCUGUCUGGAAAGCGACUCCGACGACGAAGGCUGAAGUCGACCCGUGCAGUGCUUCUGUACAGUUUUGCCGUCUUUUCCGGACUCGCUCGGCUCUCUGUGAAAACGGAGACUUUAUUCUAAUGACGUACGCGAUACAUUUCCAAUCUUCCUCGUGGGCGUGUGUACAUAUAUAUAAAUAUAUAUUUAUACAUAUAAAUGAAUAAAAUACAAAAACCAGCCCCAUUUCAAUAAAGGAUAUAUGUUUUUAAUCGGAGGGAAGACUGUUA